UCAUUAGCAAAAGCAGUAUCUGAGUUACGUCGUUCGGAUGUGGCAUUCCCAGUAGCGGAAACGUUAGGAAUUCCACAGUUGAGGGCUGGUCAAGAAAUGCCUGAGGCAAGGGUGCUGGUCUUGUAUACGGGUGGAACAAUCGGUAUGAAGAGUGUCGAUGGAGUUUACGUGCCAGUUGCUCAUUACUUACCUGAGGCUGUUCGUGAACUACCACCGCUCAACGAUAAGGCCUACGUGGAAGCACAUUACGCAGGCGCAGCCAUUAAGCCAUUAUGCUUACCACCAGUUCGACACAUGCACAAACGAGUACUUUACUGGGUAUGUGCCUUGCCAAUCAAGUAUAUCAGUUGCGAAUUCAUCACUUAG